AUGGCAGCGUCCACAAGGGCAUUCUACAAUGUGGAACAGUUGAAACAUCCCCACAUACGCGAGAAAUUUGCAAAUAGCCUUGAUACCAAGUUGUACUCCCAUGGACCACUCUCUGGAAGCACCACACAGCAGUGGGACCAGCUUAAAAAAGUGGUGAAGGAGACAGAUAAGAGUACACUUGGUCCUAAAAGGAGACCACAUCAAGACUGGGUUGAUGACAACGACGACGCUAUCUUGCAACCCUUGGAGGAAAAACGAAUGGCCUUUUCAGUAUGGCAAAACAACAUGUCCUCACCCACUAAAAGAGACCGCUUCAAACAUCUCCAGAGACAAACCCAAGCUGCACUCCGACGCAUGCAGGAUGAGAUCCAGCACUACUGCGACACCAAGAACAGCAAUAAGUUCUUUGGUGCCAUAGAGACAGUAUUUGGACCACCAGAGCCCAGCAACGCCCAACUCAAGUCAGCUAAUGGCAACCUGCUGAAGGAGAAAAAAGCCAUCAACAACAGAUGGCGGGAACAUUUCAGUGACCUACUUAACAGGCCAUCUACAGUGACUUCGGAAGUGCUAGACAGCAUUCCCCAGAGAUCCACCAUAAAUUUUCUUGACCGCCUCCCAACACUGCAAGAGCUCAACGUGGCGAUCCAACAGACUAGUGCUGGGAAAGCCCCCGGGAAAGACAGCAUACCGGCUGACAUAUUUAAAGCAAUGGGCCCAAUAGCCCUUGACAACUUCCACACCCUACUUAUCAACAUAUGGGAGGGGGGAGACAUGCUCCAGGACGGUGCCCUAAAGUAG